GUGCUCCUGUGGUCGUGUGUGUAUGUGGGUAAGACUAAGAGAAAGAGAAAGAAACUGUGCAAGUCCUUUAUUUUGUGUAGACUAUAAUCCUAAGAAGAGAUGAGGAAGAAUAAUUUCCUGGAAACAUUCCAUUCGACGUUUACUUGUUGACCAGAGACUCUAUUGCCGGAAUCAUCAGCGUGCAACACAAGCGCAGUUUCUUUCUUUCUACAACGGCAGUCCCAAUCGCCGAUAUGCACUCGCCCCUAUAAUAACAAGUACAGAUCCAUCCAAGCUCAUCAAGACCAACGAAAUUCUAAAUCUAAAUAUGGAAGGAGGAGAAAGAGAAGUUGCAAAUUAUGAGCUGCAAGUCUCUUUUUCCACACCACAAGCAAUUCAUGAGAUGGGAUUUGUACCAUUUGAAGAAAACCAAGUUUUCAGCUUUUUGGCUCCCUCAAACUCACACCAAUCUUCUCAAAUAUCUCAACCUCUCAAUACAACAACCACCACCAAUAACCAUAUGGGGUUUAGUAGCCAUAACGACCAGGUAGGAACAUUGGAUCCAAAGGCUAGAAUUGAAGAGAACUGCACUGCUUCUGGCGCUAACGAUGGCAACAAUUCUUGGUGGAGGAACUCGUCUUCCUCAGAGAAGAACAAAGUGAAAGUGAGGAGAAAGCUUAGGGAACCCAGAUUCUGUUUUCAAACAAGAAGCGAUGUAGAUGUUCUUGAUGACGGUUACAAGUGGAGAAAAUAUGGCCAGAAAGUUGUCAAAAAUAGCCUUCAUCCAAGGAGUUACUACCGUUGCACCCACAGCAAUUGUCGAGUGAAGAAGAGGGUUGAAAGAUUAUCAGAGGAUUGUCGAAUGGUGAUAACAACCUAUGAAGGUAGACACAAUCACUCUCCAUGUGAUGACUCAAAUUCAUCUGAACAUGAAUGCUUUACCUCUUUCUGACACUUUUAAUUAUUAAUUAUUUAAUUAGGCAAGACAAAACGAUUAAUAUUGUAAUUAACAUAAUGUAUGAGGUUGUGACAAUAUUUGUCUUAAUCGUUUUAGUAGCUUUUUGUUUCUCAUA